AUGGAUAAGGCUGCUGAAAAGUCUCUCGAGGAACUCAAAGCGCUUAGAGGAGCUAAUGAAGCUCAAGCUGCCAACGAGCUUGCCCAGAGACCCAACUUUGUGAAUCCCUUCAUCAUCGCAUGUGGCACCAAGAAUGCAAAGUUUACUGGAAUCGCCAUUGUAUGCCUCCAGAGGCUCAUCGUCGCCCGUGCUCUUCCCAGGGGGAAGUUGAACCAGGUCCUCGAAGCUCUGAGAGAGGCAACCUCGGCUGGUCUCGACGUUCAACUCAAAAUCCUCCAGGCUUUGCCGUCAUUAUUGCAAAACUAUGCCACUGAUCUCAAAGGCGACCUUCUCAUCACCGCUUUGAACAUCUGCUUCAUACUGCAGUCCAGCAAAAAUGCUAUCGUCAACAACACCUCUGCGGCAACCUUACAACAGCUCGUCGUGUCUGUGUUUGACAAGGUCGUUGCUGAAGACAAAACGGCUUCCAGUGGCCCUCCCGCUGGCGAGGCGCCGUCCGGUGAGGGCACAGUCGAACUGCGCGCUGCGGCGCUGGAUGCGUACAGGAUAUUCAACGACUUAUGCCUCAUGACGGAAAACCAGCGCCCCGAGUACCUGAGAUUCUCCGGUCUACCACAAACAUUCGGACUGGAACUGAUAGAGUCGGUUCUUACCAACCACGCCGCCGUCUUUUCUACCCACAAAGAACAAGCACACAUCCUACAGAUUCGGGUCAUGCCAUUCAUCACUAGCGCGCUGAAAGGAAAGCCAAACUUUGCUACGUCCGUCAGGCUGGUUCGGAUUCUGUACACCCUCCUACGACGCCAUAUCAACAUUCUCCCAACCGAAAGCGGAGAUGCACUUGAUAUCCUGACGCAUCUACUGGACCAGGACACGGCGACAUGGAAGAGAGCACUGUGUUUAGAAGUGUUCCGAGGUAUCUUCUCAGAGCACGCCUUGAUCAGACGGAUCUUCGUCAACUACGAUGCCAAAGAAGGCGAGAAGGAUGUCCUCAAACACUUGACCGCCACCUUUGUGCGGCUUAGCACCGAGAAACCGUCUGUUAUUGGUCUUGGACACCAAUCAACAAUCCCGGUUAUGAACCCUUAUGCUAGCAUCGCAUCAUCAACCGAUCAAGCCAUGCUCGAGGCCAGCGGCGUCACGGGUAUUAUCAGCGGCUCCGUCAGCGCAGACGGCUCCAAUGUGGGCAUUAGCACGCAGUGGAGUAGCGUCCGGGUCCCUUGCAUCGACCAGCUCGACAAGACCGAGGCACCAUCUAUUCCGGAUUCUUACAUCUACAGCUUGACUUUGUCUUGCAUAGGAUCGCUCUCUGAAGGCCUUGCCAAGUUCAUCCUUCCCCUCACCGUCCCGGGGGAUAACCGCAAUCGCAAGAAGAGUGGGAAGCAGGAAGUUGGCCGUGACUCACCGGCACCUGCACAAGAUGAUACAGACGGGUCACGAGCUGCGUUGGAACGAGCAGCAUCAUUCAAGAAGAACCCCGUCCCGCUCAACCCUCUUGCUUUGGAGGAUCAUCCCAUGCACAAAGAAGUCAAAAUUUGCGCCGCCAUCAUUGAGGAAUGCUGGCCUGCCAUCCUUGCUACCUGUUCUACGUUCCUCUAUGCUGCUAUGGACUCUGAAUACUACCACAGUCUGGUGAGGGCAUUCCAAAAGUUUGCGCAUGUCGCCGGCUUGCUUCAGCUGUCUACCCCAAGAGACGCAUUCUUGACGACGCUGGGCAAGGCGGCAGUGCCACCGAAUGUGUUCACGGCAUGCCUGAAUGCUGGGCCAGCUCGACCAACAACACCCACACCCACCACAGAAGCGCCCAACAGCAUUCUGAGCAACGCACGAGGACUACUAAGUGUCGAUAGUCUUGUCACCCAAGCCUCGCCCGUCGCUGACAGAGGUCGACAGCAAGGCCUUGAGGGAAGCCAGAUGACGCUCAACACUCGUAAUCUACUAUGUCUGCGAGCGCUCCUUAACCUUGGCAUUGCUCUUGGUCCGACUCUUGGUUCUUCAUGGCGUAUCAUCCUGGAAACCUUGCAGCAGGCCGAUUUCGUACUGUUCUCCACGAGUAAGACUCCUGGCCGAACGCCACUCGCAACGAAGGGAACAGACCAGCAUGCAGAGGGCGAGGCAAAUGCACUACUCUCCAACUUUAGCAGUGAAGUCCGCGCUGUUGAGACGGCAGCAUCUCGUCUGAUCGAAAGCACUAUUGACUUUCCCAAUGAUGCCUUUGCACAAGUCGUUGAGGCGGUAUGCGACCUCUUGGAAAGAGCAAAAGAUGACAAGUCGAAGACAGAGACUGCAGCGCAACCAAAGUCGCCUACAUCAGGAGGCAUGAAGCCGUCGCAAGCUGGCCAACACCGUCGUGUUCUCAGUGUCUCUACAGCAGCCGCUGCGGGACCGAAUCAGGAAGACCACUUCGCUCUGGCCAAGCUGGGUGAUAUUGCUACGAUCAAUAUCGAUCGCUUGCUAUCUUACUCUCCAGACAUAUCGGGAUGGACCCCUCUGACUUCUGAAUUGAUCCAUAUCAUCAAUGCGUCUUCAAUGAACGCUUCCGUAAGGCUGCGAGCGGCAGAAAUUCUCGUCAGACUGGCUCUUGAUGCAGCCAACAUUGCGGCCACAAUGGAGCGUGAGCAAUGCGGUCAAGUUCAGUUGCUUCUCCUCGAGGCUCUCCGCGAUGCACUCUUGCCUCUGCAGCAAGAAGAUAGGGAGGUCACCGUCGCCAGUCAUAGCACCGACGUCGAAAUCCACAAGGUUAUCCUAGAAGGACUGAAGAACCUGCUUGAAAACUGUGGCGAGACACUCGUUAGCGGGUGGGAGAUUGCUUUUGAGAUUAUCGGCUCCAUCUUCAUCAACAAAAAGUUCGCCCUUGGAGAACGUCGGGGCUCCCAGACGAACGUUCUCAUGACCAGAUCAGCGAAGCUUGUCCGGUCAUCUUUCAAUUCUCUUCAACUCAUCUGCUCCGACUUCCUAGCGUCUUUGCCGAAUUCCUGCUUUCUCAUCCUUGUCGAUACCCUUUACAAAUUUUGCUCACAAGAUGAUGACCUCAAUAUUGCAUUAACGACUGUCACGUUUUUCUGGGUCCUGUCAGAUUUCCUUUCCGGCAAGACUGAGACCCUUCCUGUCACCGCCGACCUGAUGCAGGGCUCAAGUAUAUCUGAUCUGGCAGCCUUGGCUGCAAAUUCGGAACACAUUGCCUCAGACGCCGCUCUUUGGAUGCUGUUGCUGUUAAGACUCACGACCGUGACAGCCGAUGAACGACUUGAGCUACGCAAUAGCGCGAUUCAGACCUUGUUGAGAAUCUUUGACGCGUAUGGCGAUAAGUUGAGCCCAGAGGCAUGGUCCACCUGCGUCAAGUCUGUGGUUUUCAAGCUUCUUUCAUCGAUAGAGGAAGAACUCAAGGCCGCCGCAACCGACAGUACCACCCUGCAAGACCGCAAAGAGUGGCACGAGACAGCAUCCGUUGUCUUGACCGGUAUUUCCGAGCUCCUCACGACCUACAUGGAGACACUAUCCACGCAUUCCUCAUUUAAUGCCCUGUGGCAAGAGCUUCUUGGUCACUUUGCUACUCUACUCGAUUUUAAGGUGCUCACAAUCAACACGGCCACGUACAAAGCACUCGGCAAGGUCAUCAAGCUCGACUACGAUCCCGGCAGACCCAUUUUUGACACAAACACUGUCAACGCGGCAUGGGAGCUGUGGUCUCGGGGUACGCCCGUCUCUCUAGAUGAAGAGGACGGCAAGAAGGCAGACAACCAAAAUUGCUUGAUUGCCUACGUUGCGGCUUUCCACGAUGUGUACCAACUCGUCCAGCAAGACCUUACAGUUGAUCGUGUCCGCCAAAUGUUGACCCUCUUCCGCGAAGCUCUGCAACAAGCCACAGUCGGAGCCUACGUGAACGACAUUGAGUAUGUCACGCCGCUGCAGAAUCAAGUCCUGGAAGCCAUCAAGAUGGUGCGAACAGACCUCGCUGGCGUGCCCUCAGCCAUGAUCUCCCAGGUGGCGGAGUUCGUCCGCCUAGCCUUCAGCGACGAAGCCCUCAAGGCGCAGAGCGCAACGCAGCGGAGAACAUAUGUGGCCAUGUCGAAAGCCAGCAUGUCCAUCCUGCAAACUCUUAUCCUUCGCAACGCAUCCGACGUAGAUAUUUACGCUAGCGAGGCUUUCUCCUCGGCCCUCUCGGCGCUCUCCAAGCCCGUUGUCCUCAAAUAUGGCUUCCCCAUUGUUACCAAGUCAGCCCAGCCAUGGCGUCUCGCGACCAACUCGAUUCUCGCCAUCUUGGAAGCCACACUGCCUCAGGUCCGCGCCCUCGAAAUCCCCCGCUCGACGCUCCAGGACAUGUGGCAGAUGAUUAUCGGAAUCGCCGACGGUAUUGUAAGCGCAGACACCAACGCUGCGCCCUCAUCAGCAGACCUCUCGGACGACGAGUCCUUUGACAUUGCAUCAUUCCACAAACUUCGCGAACUCAUCAUCCCAUCCCUAGGAGCCGAGGCGAUUCCAGACAAGACACGCAAAGCCUACGCCGAAAGCCUCUUCCGGACCUCUAUCAUCCACGACCCCUCGCCGACCGAGUCCUCCCUCCUCUUCGGCUCCAGCAGCGACGGCGCCAACGGCCUCACAGCACUCUACAAAAAACGCACCGGUCGCACCGUGGACCCGCUCCCGACCCGCCGCGACCGUAUGGCCUACGUUUGCGUCGACGAGCUCUUCUCUCUUGUAUCAACAUACGACGUUGAGAGCCUGCGUAUUGUCGUGCAACCGCCAACACCCGCGUUCCCCCCUCCGCGCUCCGCGACCUCGCACCUCUCGGAGGCGCCGCAGGCCCUGCACAUCCGUAUCGCGCGUACCGUCGCGCCCUUUCUCAUCCUCCGCGCAGCGCUGACCGUUCGGGCGUACAUUGCCGACCAGCCCCUGCGAGGCCGCAUGCCGCAGCCGCUUUCGCAGCGAAAGGAGCUGCUGCGCGUGCUCCGGCAGCUGGUCGAUUUGACGUCCGAGUCGGAUGCCAUCCCCAGCACGCCCAACGUCGAUAGUGAGGGAAGGAAACAUCUGCUGCGGCUGUAUCCCCUCCUCGUCAGCGCUGUGCAGGUAGCGGGCUCUUCUGGAGACGAGGCGGUGUUGAAGCUCUGCGUGGAGGCUCUCGAGGUUGUUGGCGGUGAGCUAGGGCUUUAA